AUCAUGGAUGUGUGUGGGCAUUGAUUUUCUCAGAUUCUUAUUGAAAAUGGAAAGCUUCCACGAACCAUUCGAAGGGGUCAUUAAUGAUUUCGAGGGAAGAAUGUCAGUCUACAAGAAAGAUUGGAGUUCUGGACUUGGUUCAUUCAAGAUAUUGGCUCCGACUACCUACAUUUUCUUUGCUUCUUGUCUUCCUGUUAUUGCCUUUGGAGAGCAGCUAAGUAGGGAAACAGAAGGAAGAUUGAGCACUGUUGAAACCCUGGGUUCUACUGCUAUCUGUGGUCUCAUACACUCAAUUUUUGGUGGACAGCCCCUGUUGAUAGUAGGAGUUGCAGAGCCCACCGUUAUAAUGUACACCUAUCUUUACAAUUUCACCAAAGGAAGAAAAGAUUUGGGAGGAGAUCUCUUCUUGGCUUGGGCUGGAUGGGUCUGUGCCUGGACUGCUCUCAUGUUGUUCACCCUUGCAAUAAUCAAUGCUUGCAAUAUCAUUGCUAAAUUUACAAGGGUUGCCGGGGAACUGUUUGGCAUGUUGAUUACAGUCCUCUUCCUUCAACAAGCCAUCAAGGGUGUCAUCAGUGAAUUCCACGUCCCCGCGCACGAAGAUCCAAAACAGGUCGAAUUUCAGUUCCCAUGGCCAUAUGCAAACGGAUUGUUGGCUGUUGUGUUCUCCUGCGGCGUACUUUACACUUCUCUAGCAAGCAGGAGGGCAAGGUCAUGGUGGUAUGGGGCAGGGUGGGUUAGAAGUUUGAUUGCAGAUUACGGUGUUCCUUUGAUGAUCAUGUUGUGGACCGGAUUGUCAUUCUGCGUACCAAGCCAAGUUCCUUCUGGGGUUCCUAGGAGACUUAACAGUCACAAUGGAUCACUUUUCCAUUUUACAGUAAUUUCCGAUAUGGCUAAUGUCCCACCUGUAUAUAUUUUUGGUGCUAUCAUACCAGCAAGUAUGAUAGCUGGUCUGUAUUUCUUCGAUCAUAGCGUAGCUUCACAGAUGGCACAGCAGAAGGAGUUCAAUCUCAAGAAACCAUCUGCUUACCAUUACGACAUUAUAUUGCUUGGGGUUAUGACAUUGCUCUGUGGUCUAAUGGGUCUCCCUCCUUCAAAUGGGGUUCUCCCACAAUCCCCGAUGCAUUCCAAGAGUCUUGCAGUUCUAAAGAAGCAAUUGCUUCGAAAGAAGAUGGUAAAGGAGGCCAAAGAAUGCAUUAAGCAACAUGCCAGCAGCUCAGAAAUAUACAGCACAUUGCAGGACCUCUUUGUUAGAAUGGACAAAGCUCCUCCAUGCAAUGAUUUGGUGCAAAACGAGCUGAAGGGAUUGAAGGAUGCAGUUAUGAUGGGGGUUGAAGACGGAGAUCCAAAGAAGAAUAAAUUUGAUCCAGAGAAGCACAUUGAUGCCCAUCUGCCUGUGCGGGUCAAUGAGCAGAGGGUGAGCAACCUGUUACAGUCUAUGAUGGUGGGUGCAACAGUAUGUGUUGCUAUGCCUGUCAUUAAGAUGAUUCCUUCAUCAGUUCUUUGGGGUUAUUUUGCAUAUAUGGCCAUUGACAGCCUCCCCGGAAACCAGUUCGGGGAAAGGAUGAUGUAUCUUUUAAUCACUCCUCGCCGCCGAUUUAAGGUUCUGGAAGGUGAUCAUGCCACCUUUCUAGAAACAGUGCCAUUCAAGCAUAUUGCCAGGUUUACAAUUUUUCAAUUCCUGUAUUUUGUGUUAUGCUAUGGGAUGACAUGGAUACCUGUAUUUGGCAUACUGUUUCCAGUGCCAUUCUUCUUGCUAAUAACCAUAAGAGAGCACAUCCUUCCCAAAUUCAUAGAACCGUGUCACCUUCGUGAAUUGGAUGCUGCAGAGUACGAGGAGUUUGAGGGUGCUCCGUAUCAGAUGUUUAAGGAACAGCAGGACGAAACUCAAUCCGAGAUUAACCAAGUUGCUGUGGAUAUGUGCGAUGAUGAGAUAUUGGAUCAGAUGACCACCCGUCGAGGAGAGUUGAAGAUUCGAACUAUGAGCAGAGAGAGAACUCUGACCAGAGAGCACCGCUCCCAGGCAAGAAUUUACCCUGUAGUGUUUUCAAUCCAAGAGUAGUAUGGCUGAGGGACCUGGAGAAGGAAGAUGAGAAUGAUGAUUUUAUUAUUAUGACUUAUAAUAAAGUAAUUGAGAGAUUGAUUUAUC